AUGGAUCCAGUUUCCGUUGUGGGAUUGAUUGCAAGCGUGGUCGGCAUUGCGGCAACUGUUGGUCACACUGGCAACAAGAUAUAUCGUCGAAUCGAGGAGUUCAAGGACAAGUCUGACUCUGUCCCCGAAGUCUUUGAAACCAUUUGCGUCAACCUUUCGCUACUUCGUGCAGACUUGGAAAGGUUCAGCCGCCAGAUCGAAAAUGAGAAUCCAUCUGCCGAGUUGCUUAUCGCGUCCGAGAACCUGGUGAAGCGACUUCAAGCUCUUCUGACCCGGCUGGACGAGGGGAUGAAGGUCCUCACACCCAGCGACCAGGAUUCCAAGACGGUCCGGGUUUGCAAGGCUUGGAAAAGCAUCCGUUUUGAGACCGAGGCUGACCGCAUCUGGGAAGAGAUAUGCGAGUGCCGAAACUCACUCAACUUCGAUCGUGUUGUGGCAUGUGGUUCAGCCGAAGCCGAACGUCUGUGGGUGCCACCCAUCCUGGAUAUUCCCCAAGGAAGACAAGUUGAAUUUGUUGGCCGCCAGCAAAUUCUAUCUCACGUCGCCGACCUUCUUUCCGCGGCCGAUGGCUUUACUCCUCCGACUAUCGUCCUUCAAGGUAUGGGCGGACAAGGUAAAACGCAGCUUGCCCUCCAGUUCUGCAUCCAGAACCGGGAUCGUGCUGGAAAAAAUGACCCAAAUUCAAAGAGAUAUCGCGCCAUCUUCUGGGUAGAUGCUACAUCGGAGGCGGCCACUCGGAGAAGCUUCUUGCGCAUCUACGAGCUUAUCAAGAGUCCGGGCGCAGUUCUCAACGACGAAGACGCCCAGAUUCACCAUGUCAAGCAGACUAUACAGAGAUGGACCUUCCCGUGGCUGUUCGUCUUCGAUAACUAUGAUAAACCAUCUGAAUUUCAAUCAAUUCGAAACUACAUGCCUAUUGGCCACGAGGGAGCUGUAUUGGUCACGAGCAGACACGAAGACUCGGCAUAUGUUGGCAAGAUUCUUGAUGUUCCACCCUUGUCACAAGCAGAAGCCGUGGAGCUUCUGCUUAAACAGAUCUGUGAUAAGGACGACACUCGGCCGAUGGAGGCCACAAAACUAGCAGAGGAAAUCGUGUCGAAGCUUGGCUGCCACGCCCUCGCCGUCCACCAAGCUGGUUGCUUUAUCGACAAGAACUGUACGCUGGCCGACUUCCUCUCCCAGUAUGAUAAGGAGCGGGCAAAUGUGAUGUCAUGGACGCCAACAAUCUGGUCUUACGUCAAGCCCGUGAUCGGGGAUGACAAGCAGCAGACCGCUUUCAACGUCUUUACCACCAUUUAG